GUUUUGGUUAGGUACAAAAAACUUUAGCUACUUGAGUACUUCCAUGUUAUGCUCCUGUAUACUUCUACUCCACUACAUCUCAGAGAUAUUGGCUUUUACCUCGAUUCACCUCAUCAGUGCACUUCAUGAAAAAACAAUAAUCCCAUGCUCAUUUGGUGAUGCUAUUCCUCUGUCUCUCCCAAACAGAGCUUGCAAGAGUUUGGGUUCAACAGCAAACAGACAAUUGGUACAGUGUCUCACAGCAACAUGAAGAGUCAACAGGAGGUGACAGUGAUCCUCACAGAGCCCAGCGGUCGUCUUCAGGCCAAGCUAGGAUACGCAGGGCGGUCCCGGGUGGAGGACUCACCAUCAACACCCUGCCAGACAACAUGACACGUGUAGUGGAGGAUUCUGGGAAGUAUUACACUUGGCGUAGCUUUGGCCCAGAGGACCACCGCACAGAGGAACUAUGGGUGGACAUGAGUGACGUCCGGCAUGGCCAAGUUAGAGUCCACGGCAUUCUGUCAAAUUCAUACAAGCAGGCUGUGAGGGUUGCCCUGUCGUUUGACUUUCCUUUUUACGGACAUUACCUGAGGCAGAUCACCAUAGCAACUGGAGGGUUUAUCUUCACGGGGGACAUUGCUCACCGCAUGCUGACCGCAACACAGUAUAUCGCCCCUCUAAUGGCUAAUUUUGACCCCAGCUACACUAAAGAAUCCACUGUGCAAUACCUGGAUAAUGGUGAGGUGUUUGUGGUCCAGUGGGAGCGGGUCAGACUCCCAGGAAAAGAGUCAGAAGGAGGUUUUACGUUUCAGGCGGCGCUUUACAAAACAGGAACCAUCACGUUCAGCUACCGAGAUAUACCUCUGUCGUUAGAUGUGAUCGGUACAGCUGAGCAUCCAGUGAAGGCCGGUUUGUCUGAUGCCUUCAUGGUCACGCCACCUUCUCCUCAAUCACCAGAUGCCCAAGGGCCGACGAUUUAUGAGUACCAUCGGGUUGAGAUAGACACUACAAAGAUCACCAGCUACUCCGCUGUUGAGUUCACUCCACUGCCUACCUGCCUGCAGCAUGACAGCUGUGAGCUCUGCCUCUCAUCCAACCAAACCUCUGGUUGUAGCUGGUGCCAUGUACUCCAGAGGUGUUCAGAUGGUAUGGAUCGACACAGACAAGAGUGGUUGGACUACGCCUGUUCAGAAGAGAGCAAAAAUGCAACCUGUGAGGAUUACUCCAGGGGUGACAGCUCCACUGGUUCGUCUAUCACACCAGAGAUCGAGGAUGUGACAUCAUUGACUCCCCUGCUAAAAGGAUGUGACGAUGAGACCAAAGAUCAUAUAUUUAAGACUGGCAACGAUGUGAGGACAGAUUCUUCAACCAACAGUGACGGGUUGGCUAACACCGGAGUGAUAGCCGGUAUAGCAGCUGCGCUGGUGUUACUUUUGGCUAUGAUACUGGUAGCUCUUUACAUCAACUACCAUCCUACUGCUGCAUCACCACUCUACCUCAUCCAGCGACGCAAGAGCUACUGGCCGUCCUGGAAGUUUCAGAAGCAUCAACCUGGUUACACAGAAGUGGAAGGAGAAGGUCAUGAAAAAGACAGCAUUGUUGAAGCUGGGCCGUGUUGAAAUAAUGGAUGGAAACGUGGAUAAAUAUUUGCAUUGAACUGAUUUCUACAAUCAUUCAAAUAUGAACAUUUGUCCAAAGCCAGUUCAACUUUUACAUUCAGUUUACGAUCGUUUUUUAAGCUGUCCAUGACUCCAUUGCAAAAAUAUUAAAUUGUUGCAACAGUUUGUGGAGAUUAUAACUGAAUGUUAUAUGAUAUUGAGUGAUUACAUUAGGAAUGUAUAUCUCUGCUGGUAAUAAAAUGUGUUUCAUUCCACCCUUAUUUUUAAACUUGAUUUAAUUUGACUGCAAUAAAUUGUGCGACACAAGGUUGACAACAUGAUCUAUGUUGUUUUACAUCAAACAAAUAAAGAUCUGGGUGUGCUUCAGUUUCAA